AUGGUGGUAUUUGUCGACCUCGAUCAAGAUGCCUUCCGGCAUCCUGGUUCAUUACUUGCCCCGGAGAAACUGAGAGUCGCCCCCGUCGCGGCCAGCGAAGCCGACGAACUGCUCCCUUCCUCCACCUCUACUUCCUCCCUCAGAGCUCAAAUCACGCUUCAAGACGCGCCCACUACGACAGUUCAUCCUAAACAGACUCCGACAUCAAAAACCCCCAACUGCAAUGCCUUUUCCGCGGCGUUAAGUUGCUACCCAAUUGUCAAGGAAAUUGCCCGCGCCGUCGAUUUGAAUACCCUACACGCCCUCUCGCGAACAUGUCGCCAGUUUCUCGUGAAUCUAGAGCCAUUCCGGCACCAACUCAUCCGCGAGACGCUGCGGUGCGAAAAUGAGUAUAUCGAGACCGUCUCGGAUAUGCUGGACGGCGGGGCCGUCCUCCCAAACAGCGUCAAGUCAGUGCUCAGGCUGUUAAGCCAGGGAAAUGGCGAAGCCGGACGCAUGACGCGUGGAAAAGCGGCAGAUGUGCGCGCGACAUGGUCGAACUGCACGAUCAAACCUCCUUCCCAAACAGCCUUAAAGGGCCGAAUCCGCCGGCUCUGUCGGACCUGUGGCACGGCGCCGCUCUCCCACCAUCUCUAUAAUACGCCUCCGAACCCGACCGUAACAGAAUCACUCGAGGAAGACUCAAUACCGAACACGCUGGCGAACAAUGUUUGCAAUUGCGACGAUAUCGUCUGGCUUUGUAUCCAGUGCGGCCAAACACUACGCAGCAACGACAUCACCUACCGACGAGUCUGGGCAUGGCGUACCCGAUACAGCACAUACCUUGGUGGCGGACUGGGAACAGGCAUCGGCGAAGGCAGCCAAGGGGUAAAAUGUGGACGCGGCGACACAUGCCUUGCGGCAAAGGAAAUAGAGCUUGAGGUUGACUGUGAAGUGGACGAUAGCUCUAGUGAUACUAGCAGUACGGGCCGCAGCUCUCCCGCUCACUCCUCACAUCACUCCGAAUUGCUGUCGACAGAUAGCCACGAUGGCGAGGAACCGGGGUAUUUCCGGCAAGAGGUGAUCGGACUCGGCGGUGUUGUGAAGCAUAAAGCGAAGAAGCGAGUCAUGGUCGGUGCAUGCGUGGUUGAGUAUGAAGAUGAGCGGGAAACGGGCACAUAUCUUGUUCGAGAGGAGGGCGGCUCGCAUCGGGCGUGGUGUGGAUGGUGCUCGAGGGUCAUUCCGGCCAAGAGCGAGUCUAUUCGGGGUUGA